AUGGGUGAAAGGAAAGACGUGAUGGAGAGAUCCAGGAAGUGGGCCAUAGAUGGGAUUAGGAGGAGGAAUGCCUACACAGUGGAGUUGAAUUUAAAAGAAAUUCACCCACAAAAGGCUGUCUGUCGUGCAUUGGCCAGCUCCAGUGGUACAGAGUUUUGUCCCGAUCCGACUGACCUGGCGGGAGUCAUCAUUGGCUCGGCCCCAAUGAGAGAAUUAUGUCUCCUCUCUGACUGUUUUCUCUUAUCAUCCACCAGUCCACAGACAAGUGAAUUUAAAGGAGCAACCGAGGAGGCACCUGCGAAAGAAAGCCCACACACAAGUGAAUUUAAAGGAGCAGCCCUUGUGUCACCUAUCAGUGAAAGUGUGUUAGCACGACUUUCCAAGUUUGAAGUUGAAGAUGCUGAAAAUGUUGCUUCAUAUGACAGCAAGAUUAAGAAAAUUGUGCAUUCAAUUGUAUCAUCCUUUGCAUUUGGACUAUUUGGAGUUUUCCUGGUCUUACUGGAUGUCACUCUCAUCCUUGCUGACCUAAUUUUCACUGACAGCAAACUUUAUAUUCCUUUGGAGUAUCGUUCUAUUUCUCUAGCUAUUGCCUUAUUUUCUCUCAUGGAUGUUCUUUUUCGAGUAUUUGUAGAAGGGAGACAGCAGUGUUUUUCUGACUUAUUUAACAUUUUAGAUACUGCCAUUAUUGUGAUUCUUCUGCUGGUUGAUGUCGUUUACAUUUUUUUUGACAUUAAGUUGCUUAGGAAUAUUCCCAGAUGGACACAUUUACUUCGACUUCUACGACUUAUUAUUCUGUUAAGAAUUUUUCAUCUGUUUCAUCAAAAAAGACAACUUGAAAAGCUGUUAAGAAGGCGGGUUUCAGAAAACAAAAGGCGAUACACAAGGGAUGGAUUUGACCUAGACCUCACUUACGUUACAGAGUGUAUUAUUGCUAUGUCAUUUCCAUCUUCUGGAAGGCAGUCUUUCUAUAGAAAUCCAAUCGAGGAAGUUGUGCGGUUUCUAGAUAAGAAACACCGAAACCACUAUCGAGUCUACAAUCUAUGCAGUGAAAGAGCUUAUGAUCCUAAGCACUUCCAUAAUAGGGUCGUUAGAAUCAUGAUUGAUGAUCAUAAUGUCCCCACUCUACAUCAGAUGGUGGUUUUCACCAAGGAAGUAAAUGAGUGGAUGGCUCAAGAUCUUGAAAACAUCGUAGCGAUUCACUGUAAAGGAGGCACAGGUAAUAACAUUUUCCUUUUUAUUUCUCCAUUUCUAAAGAUAUGUAAAUAUACAUAAAGUACAAGAACAAGAUACGUAUUGCUAUUAAUGUGUAUUAAUAAUUGUUAGCAUUUUUAAAUAUUAGCUCCAAGACUGAAAGAAGGGAAGGAGAAAGGAAAGAGGAGAGGAGGAAGGG